CUGCACUUUUGAGCAAAGCGGUCGCCUGAUGGCGCUUCCUCCAGGGGUGCUGGCGGCACAAGCACGGGCGCAGCGGGCGCAGAAGCGCCAGGAUUUCUUGCAGAACUUCAUCAAUGAGGAUCUGCAGAAGCUCGCGUCCUGGCACGGCAUGCGGCCUGCCCACGAGCAGAAGCGGUUCCUGCGAAGCUUAGAUUGCCUCUGCAAAGCCUACGAUGCUGAGCCCAAGGAGCCGCGCCGGCCCACAGAGGCGGAGAAGCAGCACAUGGCCCUGCAGGCGCAGCAGAAGGAGCAGAAGCAGGGAGAGGCGAUGCAGCGUGCAGCGGAAGAAGACCCCUUAGCAGGGCCCCCACGCAGCCCGCGCAUGGCCUGCUCGGCCUCUGAGCCCUGCUUGGUGAGCCAGCCUAUUGAGGUCUUCGAGCAGAAGAAGCGGACCAAGUUCAAGAAGCAGCGAGAUCCAACAGCGGACGAUCCCAACUCGCUUUUGGAGUGGCUGGAAGGGCAGAGCCUGACUUCGCAGAGCACCGCCACCACGGCCAGCACGCAGAUCAGCCGCUUCUCGGAUCUGGCGCUGACGUCCAUCGCCUCCUCCAUCUGCAGCCACCCGGGCACCUUGGUGCAGGAGAGCUAUCGGCCGCAUCGGCGCGCCAUGGCUGUGAACCGGAGCGCAUGGAAGCCGGUGAACCAGCAUGAAGCAGGAGCAAUGAGAGGUGGCAUCCCAUCGAUCGGUUGGCCCGAUGCAGAGCGCAUGCGAACCAGCUUCGAGGAUCAGUUCGGCACUCCUGACGCGAGCGCCAACCUCCCGAAGAAGAUGUACGAGAAAGUGCUCCAUGGCAACCAGCACGAGUUCAUUAACAGGUUCCUGCAGACGGCUCCCCGAGAGCAGCGCGAGCAGUUCUCUGGCAUGGUACGAUCGCUGGAGUACCUUCGUCGCCAGCAGACGAGGGAGCACACCAGCACCUCCAACCUGCACUUUGAUCUGCAGGAGAACGCUCGGCUCUGGCGGCCUCCGAAGCAGAAGCCCGUCUUUGAGCCCAGCGAGAUCAACAUCUCGCGUGUGCCGCUGGGCUCCAUUGGGAAGAAGUAUCCAGCGCAGGCCCCGUUGCCGCCUAUGUCCUUGCCACCGCCAAGCCCGAGCGUGUCGGGCCUGGGCAGUUUGCCGCUGACGCGCGUGGCCACGCCUUUGGCGUCAGAGGCAGGUUCCAUGUGAGCCUGGGCUGCAGCAGAAUCCAUUUCGGCAGCCACAUCAUAGGGUACUGCGAGAUUGCCAGUGACAGAGUUCUCUACAGCAAGAUUACGCUCUUUGCAAACAUCUGCCUUGAUGGAGGCAGUUGCAAGCAACAGCCCA